AGCGGUUAAAGUAGGCGAAUCACGUUGUCUCUAACUGAAACUCUUUGCAUUAUGAAUAAAUCGACGUUUAGCCAACAGCAACUCGACAGGAUUCUAUAUGGUAGCGAUAAGUCUAGCCGGCAGUUGAAACACGGAAUCGACAACAUUCUCAACGCGACGCCCGUCAACAAUCAUUGUCGAACGCUUCAAAUCCCAGACGGUCUACAAAUAGCUGCUUCCAAAGUGUCCGCUUCUAAUCGUCUGGGUGUAUUUACAAAGAAUCGAAUUACAGUCGGAACGAGAUUCGGACCGUUUAUCGGACGGAUUGUUAAGGCGAAUCAAUUAAAGAGUCAGGAUGAUAAUACAUUAAUGUGGGAGAUCUUCAGAGACGGCGCUCUGCAUCACUUUAUAGACGGGCGUGGUAAUUGGAUGGCCUAUGUUAACUGUGCUAGAUCUGCUUUGGAACAGAAUCUGGUAGCAGUUCAAGAGGGCGGCGAGAUAUGGUACAAAGUGUGUAAAGAGAUCAAUGGGGGGUCAGAAUUGUUGGUGUGGUAUGGCGAUUCGUAUCUUCAGUUUAUGGGCAUACCAAUUGCUCUAAAAGAACAAGAGGAAGGCGAUAGUACCUGUUUCGUUCCAGGAACAGCGGUUGGCAGCUACAAGUGUGAGAGAUGCGAUAAAGUAUUCGCAUACAAAUACUAUAGGGAUAAACAUUUAAAGUACACGAGAUGCGUGGACAGAGGAGAUCGUAAAUUUCCUUGCCAUCUGUGUUCUAGGUCAUUCGAGAAGAGAGAUCGCCUAAGAAUUCAUAUAUUGCACGUACACGAAAAGCACCGUCCACACAAAUGCCCCACUUGCGGCAAGAGUUUCAGCCAAUCAAGCAGUUUGAAUAAACACAAGAGAGUACAUAGCGGAGAACGUCCCUACAAAUGUGUCUACUGCAGUAAAGCGUUCACGGCGUCGAGUAUCUUACGCACUCAUAUCCGGCAGCACUCCGGCGAAAAGCCAUUCAAGUGUAAAUUUUGCGGCAAGGCUUUCGCUUCUCACGCUGCUCAUGAUAGCCACGUACGAAGAACACAUUCUAAUUCCAAUGUCACAAAUUGAACAGAGCGGAAAGAAAAGUAUUAAUUUUGCUUAGUAAAUGUUCGAUAAAAAAGCUCCGUAUUUAUCUAUUGUAAACGUUUUGUUAUUAUACCGCCGCUUUUCAAUUUCUGUUCAAUAAAAAUAUACAACACAUAUAUCGUG